AUGUCGGGGCGCCCCGCGGCCGGGCUGCGGGCGUCGCUUCCGGGCCCGUCGGAGCAGCACCGCCAUGGCGGGGGUCACAAACAGAUGGUCACUCAUUCACGCCAUCUGGAAGCCAUGCCAAAGCCAGAGUUACCUUUGCCGGCAUUGAAGAAGCCAACAAAACUGAAAAGGACAGGAUCAGCUUCCAAAAAACGGGUACAGGAACGAAUCAGGGAAGCAGCAAGCUCCUCUACCAGUGAUUCGACUGUGGUGAGGGAAAUGUUCUUUGGCCCUACAAGAAGUGGCCAACACGCAAGGACUCCAGCCCCAGUAACAGAGGUUGGCCAUGCUGCACUCCCUGGUCUGAGCCGGCACAGAUUUGGUAGCAUGGAGUUCGGCCGAACUGAGAGCUGGCAUUCACGGAUAGAGCGCCUUGCAUCUAUGAUUGCGCUUCUACCUCAUACUGAAUCUGUGGGACCUGUCUUCGAGGACUGGGAGCUCAGUGGCCAGGAGGUGACACGCUUACUGUCACUCCUGGAUUGGCAUGGCAAGCAGCAGAGGGCGUUGGAUGUGUUUGAGUGGCUGGAUGCACAUCGUGCAGAUGUGACCAAAGACAAAUUUGUGUACACACGGCUGAUCUCCAUGUUCAGCCAGUCGCGAGAGCAGGCAGAGAUUGCACUGGAGUUGUUUGACAGGAUGAAGAGCAAUGGGGUGACACCGGACCUUAUUGCUUUCAAUUCAGCAAUCACUGCUGCCGCAAAGGCGGAGAGGCUUGAGGAGGCCCUGGGGAUCUUCUCUGACAUGGCACCGGCCAGGGUUUGUCCGGACGUUGUCACAUACGGAGCGCUGCUGAGCGCCUGUGCAAACGUGGCAGCUUGGGAGCAGGCGCUGGAGUUGUUCAACAAAAUGGAGUCCUUUGGCAUAAAGCCCAAUGUAGUCACCUACACGGCCCUGAUGAGUGCUUGCCAGAGGGCGGGAAUGUGGGUCAAAGCAGUGGAGGUCUUCAAGAGGAUGGAGGUAGCAGGAGUCCAAGCUGAUCUGAAGGCCUACAACUCACUCAUAUCUGCAUGUGCAGUGGGGGCAGAGUGGGAGAAGGCAUGGGCGGUUGUGGCAGGGAUGAAGCGUAUGGGCGUGAGACCGAACACAGUGUCGUACAAUUCCCUCAUCAGUGCCUGUGAGCGAUGUGGAGAGUGCGACAGGGCUAUCGAGGUGCUCAACAAGAUGGAGUUAGAGUCACGGAGUGCGGGGUCCUAUGUGAGACCCAACACCAUAACCUACAACACCGUGUUGUCAGCAUGCGGGAAAGCUGGCAGGUGGGACGAAGCACUGGAGAUGUACAGACUCAUGCAAUCCAAAGGCCUGAUCGUGGAUGUGGUAACGCUGAGCUCCCUCAUGACGGCCUGCGAGAAAGUGGGCCGCUGCAAGGAGGCUCUGGAGCUGUUCAGCGAGUUCAAGGGCAUGGGCGUGGUUCCCAACGUCAUAUGCUACAACUCCCUGAUCAGUGCCCUCGGGAGGGGAAGCCAGUGGGAGGCGGCCAUGGAGGUGUUCCAGGCCCUGAAGGACACCACUGAUCAGCAACCGGAUGUCGUAACGUACUCAGCGCUGAUGUCUGUGUGUGAACGGGCUGGCCAGGCCCAGCGAGCGUUGGAGCUGUACGAUGAGAUGAAGCAGCAGGGCGUGUGCGGCAACAGUUAUGUCUAUGCUUCCCUGAUCAACGUGUGCGAGAGAAAGGGAGAGUGGAAAGUGGCCGUGGAGCUCUUCCAGGCAAUGCAGGAGGAGGGCAUCGAGCCAAAGUCGGUCACUAUGCUGGCCAGACGAGCCCUGUACACAUGGCCUCAGCUUAUCGACUCGCUGCCUCAGCCAGUGGUCUCUGCUGCGAGAGUUGCAGUGGAGAGUGGAAUAGCCGCCAGGAGAUGGGUGAACAAAAUAUAG